AUGGACCAUAUGGAUACGCUUAAAUUGGCGGAAACAGAAUCGACAUUGUGGGCUGAGGCACAAGUUGUGAAUGACCAGAGGAUGCCACCACCAAUAAUAGAUAUGAUAUUGCCGUCGAUCCCAGGAAGAUGGUGUUUCACAGAUGGCUCGUGGAAAGAGGGGGUUACUUUUUCAGGGCAAGAGAAUCUGCCUCAAGAUGGUGAUGCCCUAGGGGGCAUUGAUCCAAGAGCUGAUCACCUUCGACCACAGCGCCAGCCACAACAUCCACCGCGCCAAGCUCGUGCCAUUGGAGCCUAUGAUCAACCUCACAUUAAUGAGAACAACAAGUAUCAUGGCCUUGCUGCUGAAGACCCUUUUGAUCACUUGUACAAGUUUGAUAAAUAUUGUGGCUUGUCCAAGACAAAUGGUGUUUCUGGAGAUCCUUUCAAGUUGAAGUUGUUCCCUUUCUCUUUUGGAGACAAGGCACACCAGUGGGAGAAGACUCUCCCAAGUGACACUGUCACUACUUGGGAAGAGUGUAAGAGAGUUUUCCUAGACAAGUUAUUCCCUACUUCAAGAACAGCUAAGAUCAGGAAUGAAAUCUCUGGCAAGGAGAUUUUGCUUAGCACUUUCUAUAGAGGAGCUCUACCACAGUGCAGAAACAUGCUUGAUACUGCCAGCAAUGGUUUCUUUUUGGGAAGAACUGAGGAAGAGACAGAGGAACUGGUAGAGAACAUGGCCAAGAGUGACUCGGUCUACAGUGAGGAGCAUGAUAGGGUCAACAGAAGUGAUGAUCAGCAGACAGAGAAAGAGAUCAAGUCCUUGCAAGAGAAGAUGGAUUUGCUUCUUUCCAACCAAGCUAAACAAGAGCAGAUGAACUUUGUGGGUGGUCCUAGUCAAGAGGUUCCUCCUAAGGUCAAUGAGUACAACAACUACCAGCAAAGGUCUUACUCCAACAACCAGCAAGGAGGCUACCAGCCAAAGCAGAACACUCAGCAAGGGAGCUAUCAGCCUAGGCAAAACAUCCCUCAUGGUUUCAACAAUCACAGCAAUCAGUCUACUCAAGUCCAAGGAAGUUCUUCACAAGCUCCAGCUUCAGAUACAAGUGUGGAUGGAAUGUUCAAAAAGCUCUUGGAUUUUCAGGCAAAGAAUGAGAAAACAAUGGGCUAUGAGUUCAAAAACAUUCACUCCAAGAUUGAUGGAAGCUACAAUGAGCUCAACAACAAGAUCCGAAAUUCGGAGAACCAGUUUGCUUCUAUGAAUUCUCAGCCAAGUCGCCAACAAGGGUCAUUACCUGGAAAGCCAGAGCAAAACCCCAAGGAAACAAUGAAGGCAAUCACCCUAAAGAGUGGUAGAGAGUUGCCUCCAAGAGUUCUCACCAAGGAUGAUGAGAAGGUUGAUGAAGAGAUUCUGGAAAAGAUUGUUGAAGCUAAGGGUAAAGAGAAGGUUGGAGAGGAGAAGAAGAUAGUGAAACAUGGUGAAACUGCUACUCUAACGAAGGAAUCGUCUUUUGUUCCUCCUCCCUUUGAGCCAAAGCUGCCAUUCCCUGGAAGAUUCAAAAGACAGCUAUUGGAGAAGUACAAGGCACUCUUUGAGAAACAAAUGAGUGAAGUUCAGGUCACAAUGCCCAUCAUUGAUGCUUUUAUGUUGGUCCCUCAGUACAGCAAAUUCUUGAAAGAUGAUGUGGCUGCAAAGAAGAAAGAUAUGGAAGUGAAGAUUCAUGUUGGUAUCCUAGAAGACAUUCCCUUGAUGGUUGGUAACUUUGAGAUCCCUACUGAUUUUGUUGUGUUGGAGAUGGGUGAGGUAGCCAGAGACCCUUUGAUCCUUGGAAGACCAUUCUUAGCCACAACAGGAGCUAUUGUGAAUGUUAGAGAAGGAAAGAUUGAUCUUCAUCUUGGAAAAGGGAACAUCCUCCACUUUGACAUCAAUGAAGUGAUGAAGAGGCCAACCAUCCAGAACCAAAUUUUCUACAUAGAUGAAAUGGAUGACCUGGCUGAUGAGCUUCUAGAGGAGUUGGCACUUGAAGACCAUCUACAUCAUGCUUUAACAAUUGAAAGAGAGGUCCAAGUGAUUGAGAACAAGGAAAGUGAUGCCUAUGUGAAGGUGUUGGAUUCUCACAAGGGGAUUGGUGGUGAGGAUCAAAAUGAGGAGCUUACACAUGAGAUUCAACAUGCUGCCUCAGCUACUCAACAAGAAGACAUUCAUCAAGAGGACUGGAGUGAACUAAGGCGCCUAAAGUGGAACUUAAACCUCUUCCCCAAGGUGUAA